AUGGACAGAGUCAGGCAGACAAGCAAACGGACAGAGUCAGGCAGACGGACAGAGUCAGGCAGACGGACAGAGUCAGGCAGACAAGCAAACGGACAGUCAGGCAGACGGACAGAGUCAGGCAGACGGACAGAGUCAGGCAGACAGACAGAGUCAGGCAGACAAGCAAACGGACAGAGUCAGGCAGACAAACAGAGUCCGGCAGAGAGACAGAGUCAGGCAAACAAGCAAACGGACAGAAUCAGGCAGACGGACAGAGUCAAGCAGACGGACAGAGUCAAGCAGACGGACAGAAUCAGGCAGACAAGCAAAUGGACAGAGUCAGGCAGACAGACAGAGUCAGGCAAACAAGCAAACAGACAGAGUCAGGCAGACAAACAGAGUCCGGCAGAGAGACAGAGUAAGGCAAACAAGCAAACGGACAGAGUCAGGCAGACAAACAGAGUCCGGCAGAGAGACAGAGUCAGGCAAACAAGCAAACGGACAGAAUCAGGCAGACGGACAGAGUCAAGCAGACGGACAGAAUCAGGCAGACAUCGUGACAGCGAAUCUAAGUUCAACUGUUAA